AUGACAGAGACCUCCUCCUCGAUCGCGACCUAUCCAUCACAGCAUCCAAUUCCGGUCGCAGUUCCUUCCGUCGCAUCGCCUACUCUAAAUGGCGGCCUUUCCGAUGCGGUAAUGCAAGAUGACACCGAAGAUUACACCAUCAAAUGCAUUUGCUCCUAUGGUGACGAUGACGGCAAUACAGUCUACUGUGAGAAAUGCGACACCUGGCAACACAUCGUUUGUUAUUAUCAUGGCGAGGAAGUUCCAGAAGUUCAUUUCUGCGCAGAUUGCGAUCCAAGACAGCUGGAUGCGAAACGUGCCACAGAAAGUCAAAAGCGAAUGCGAGAACACGUUGGUGGUGCUGACCGCAAGGCGAAACGUCCACCUCAGAAGAGCCACAAGAAGAAGAAAGAUUCAAUGGCCACUCCUGAACAGACAAAUGGUCUUCACUUACAUAGCAGACACGAAUCUGUCUCAGCUGCGCGAGAUCAGCCACCUCCAGCAAAGCGAGCAAAGACAAGCCACCGAACCUCUGCCUCUAUUGUCUCGAUGAACGGUGUGCCAACACUUCCUGAGCCGCGCAAACGAGCUUCGUCGAAUGUUAAUGCAUAUCCGAGUCCAACAAAGUCUCCGCUCGGCCAGCCGCUACACCCACCAAUCCCAACAUACACCACCGAAUUUUUGAACCUUUACGACAAUGAUCGUGGUAAGAACAAUAUUGAUGAUGGCCAGAACGCUAGGACGUAUUCCAAUUCUAUGUCCAUGGCCGUCACUAAUAAAUUGACUUCGUGGUACGACAAUCCUUUUGCUUUGAAACAAGACACAGGCAAACAGCACCAAGAGGUAUUUCACCAUUCUGAUCAACCCCUGAGGCCUGAGACUUGGCCACGGGUUGUACUGAAAGAGAAGACAAACACCGAGACACAGUAUGCGGGUCGAUUUCCCAAAUGGAAGUGUAUUAUGCUGGACACGAACGUGAAAAAGGAUGAAUUCAUUGGAGAGAUUAGAGGUGAUAUUGGUCUUUUUGAGGACUACUGUUUCGAUCCAGAUACUCGUUGGAGUGAGCUCCGUCAUCCCGAGCCUUUCGUCUUCUUCCACCCUCAAAUUCCGAUCUACAUUGACAGCCGGGCCGAAGGUACUCAAUUACGCUACGUGAGACGGUCCUGUCAUCCAAAUGUCAGUUUGAAAACCUUUGUUACGGGCGAGCGUGAUUUUCAUCAUUGUUUUGUCGCAAAGGAGAACAUCAUUGCUGGAACUGAGCUUACCAUUAUGUGGUACCUUGAUCAGAUAUUCUUAAACAAUGGAAGAGUGAAGGAGGAGAAUGGUGAUGAAGAGGAAGCGAAGCGCCGAGCAACCUACUUCAGCAAGAUUCUGGCCAAUUUUGGUGAUUGUGCAUGUGAUUCCAUGGAAUGCUCGCUCAAGAACUUUGACCUGCGUACGUCGCCUGAAUACAUUAAGAAGGGUCGCAAAUGGCGAGGGAGGAUCAAGAGUGCAGCCUCACCAAUAAGUACAGGACAGGCGACAAAUAGUCGUGCUAAUAGCGAGCACAUCCAAAUGACAGAGGAGGAGGAUCAAAUAGAUAGUCGAUCAACAUCCGGCUCGAUACGGAGCAAACCUCAGAGCCGAGAUAUUACGCCGGCCCAUCCGGGUCAUACCGAGCAGGGUCAGGAUCCUAGCCUUGGUAUGUCCGCGAGAGAAAAGAGGAAGAUCCUGAUGGCCGAGAAAGCUUUUGAGGACCAAGAAUCAAAGAAGCACAAGGCGAAGCGAAAGAGAACCAGCAACGGUCCUGUGCUGAGCACACCAACCCCUGGGUCGAAGAAUGCCACAACAUCUUUGCCAGUAACACCGAGUCUAAUGUCCAAGCCACCCAACCAUGAAAUUACUUCGACCAACCACGGCACAGACUCUCCGACUCUGAAUGCUCCGCUACGCCAUACCUCAAACACGUCGCCCCACAAGUCAUCGACACCAAAUAUCCCAAAGCCCCCACCUCGCUAUAAGCGGCCAGCAUAUGUGGACCGAGGAAUGCAAACGGAUCCCGAACCCAAGGAGGAAGAGACCGAGGAACCAGAGCGGACUGGACCACAACCUGAGUGGUUCAAAACUUGGCAAAUGCCCCAUGUGAGGCGUACCAAAAUGUAUCAGGAAUGGGAGCGGAAGGACAGAAUUAAAUGGCAGGAACUGAAAAAGAAGGUAGAAGCUGGUCUUGCGAGCCCCUCUGCAACGAUUGUCCCAACGUGGCUGGAAGAGAGACGAGAAGAAGACAAGCGCCGAGCGGAGAGGCGAGCAGUCAAGGAGGCUAAAGAGAAGGAAGAAGCUGCAGCAGCAGCCAUUGUCUCUCCAUUUUCCGUGGUCUCAAAUUCCACCAGCCCAACAGAGGAAUCCAAACCAACAAUACCCGCGUCAGCCAUUCAGCUACCGCCGCCUCCGCUGCCCUCUCAAGCUGCGCAUACCCACCAGAGCGUGAGAUCGCCUAAUGACCACAAACUCCAGCUUUCGUCGUUACCACCUGUACCUACCUUCACCAAUCCUGCAAGCUCAGGCGCACAAUCAUCCACGGCGCUCUCGCCCACGCCGACCACCCCUUCUGUGCCGCAAUCACCAUUUGCAUAUGGCGGAGCAUCACAGUCCUAUCCUGCUCUAUCUGCUGGAGCCGUGGCGCCAAGUCCUGUCAAGAAGAAACUAAGCCUCGGAGACUACAUGAGUAGGAGGAGUAACCUGGUUACCCCAGCAGCCGAGAAGACACAAACUCAAGCGAUGGCAACGACAAGCCCGACUCCUACAUCAGGCGCAGCGCCAGAUAAAUCAAUCGUCGAGCAGGCUCCGAGCAAUCCUCUGGCCGCCGAUCCAACUCCUCCUGCAGCGAUGGCGAACCCUGUUGACCCUAUCAAAGUCGAAGCCCAAGCCUUGGACUAUGUUGAAGGCCCCGUGGUCACCCAUCGUCCUGUGACAAAAGACGAGAGUGCCUUUGUUCCACCUCCUGCUUUGGCAGCCGUGCCCAAUCAACCAUCGGCUGCUCCAUCCAUGCCCCCUGCAUUGAGCAGCGUACUUUCAAACCUUCAUGCGCUAGCUGGCCAUGUAGCUCGGCGCGAUUCUGCUGGUUCGUGA